AGAAAACGGCGUCGUAAAUAUUCUCUCGCGCGCGCUACAUCGCACUCUCCCAGUCUCCCGCUCUCUCACUCUCUCUCGGCUACACCACCAUGGCCGAAACCGAUGAAAAUGCAAGCACAGGAGAGCAAGCAGGUCGAGAACGUUCGGGUUCUACUUCUGGUGAUGAACUGGCUGCCCUAUCUCAUGCUCAUAGUAAGAGGGUACCAACUGAGGGUCAGAAAACAGGUUCAGAAGUUCAAAGUGAGAGGGAUAUCAAGGGUGUAUCUUUCUGGGAACCUAAAGUUUGAGAUUCUUUAUCUUGGCGAAAGCAGAAAAGUCAAAAUCUAUUCCCUAUCUCAGCUGCAGUGUCGAGUUUUAAUAAGUUUGCAAUGAUGGAAGCUUUAUGCACAAAUUUCUUCUGCUGCAAAAUGAUGAAGCUAAUAAACUUAUGGUAGAGGAAGACAAGACUCGGAUGAUCGGUGGAGGUGAUCACAAGGGUACCCAUCAACAAGAGUGCUGUGUUUUCUGCCUUGAGAAUGCUAAAUGGACAAACCAUCUUAUUGUAUCAAUAGCUAAUUUCACGUAUUUGAUGUUGCCGCAUUCGAAGCCUGUGGUGCCUGGUCGUUGCUGCAUUUUGCCACUGCAGCAUGAAUUAGCCAUAAGAACUGUUGAUAAUGAUGUGUGGGAAGAAAUUCUCAAUUUCAAAAAAUGCCUCAUUAUGAUGUUUGCAAAGCAAGGGAGGGAUGUAGUGUUCCUUGAAACAGUGAUGGGGUUUGCGCAACAAUGCUGCCAUUGCUUGAUUGAUUGUGUUCCAUUGCCCCAACAAAUUGCCAAACAAGCUCCUUUAUAUUUUAAAAAGGCAAUUGAUGAAGCAGAAGACGAGUGGAGCCAACACAAUGCGAAAAAGCUUAUUGACACAACUGAAAAGGGGCUGCAAGCCUCAAUUCCCAAGGAUUUUCCAUACUUUAAUGUUCAGUUUGGUCUGAACAAAGGAUUUCUACAUGUCAUUGAUAACGAAGAUGAAUUUAAAAGCAACCUUGGCAUUAAUGUCAUUAGAGGGAUGCUCCAAUUGCCGGUGGAAGAUAUGCAUGGUCAGCGGAGAUAUGAUUCUGUUGAGGUUCAAAAGGAAGCAGUUAAAAGCUGUCCAAGACUGGGAACCUUUUGAUUGGACAAAACAGCUUCACCACUCGUGAUUGCAUCUGCUCUCAUUUAGGGGUUGCCUGCAGUUUAAAACUGAUAUUAUGAAAUACUAUAGGUGAGUCGGUGACUGAAAUUGACAUAAACAUUUUUGUUUUUGUUCAGUUCUAAAAAGUCAAUAUUCAGAUAAUACUGUAUAUAGUUGUAUAGUUUAUAUAAUGUUUUUGUUUGAUUUUAUCAAAUUUGAUUCAGAUACUUGUACACCUUAACAUCUUUAGGACCAAAUAGCACCCAAUUACUUGAAUCUAUUAUAGUUCUGCAAAGUAAAUUAUUCUUUACCCCAGGCACAUGAUACUUUCUCCAAAGGUACUUGCUUAGC